AUGGAUUGAUCAAAACUGUUUCCAUUAGUUUAUAUCUUUUACUGCUUCCCCCAUUUGUACUUUUGAGUUUUCUCUCUUCAGCCGUGUGUAUUUAGUUGUCUAGUCAAAUUCUAGUUGAGUUUAGGAUCUAGUCUUUGGUUUGGGUUAUGGCAGAGUUUGAAUCCAAGCUUCCUGUUUCCGGGGGGAAAAAUCAUGUCUUUGAGGCAUGUCACCAUGUUGUUAAGGCACUGAGGGCAUCUGAUAACAACCUGGAUGCCAACUUGAGAAAGCUCCUAACUGACCUAGAGUCGCAUUUGUCAACAUUUGGGAUUGCUGAUACGAAAGUUGAAGAUGCAGGAUUCUCUGAGAUCAAGGAGAGAUUCAAAGAAGCUGUGAAGAAAAUCCGCAGUUGGGAGACAAACCACUCGACGAUUUUGGAAGCUGGUUUGUCUGAAGUGAAUCAAUUCUUUCAAGCCCUGUAUGAUGUUCAAUCAGUUCUUGUGGGUUUCAAAGCUUUGCCCAUCAAAACUAACCAGAAGGAGAAAGAUGUUUACAACCAAGCUACGGUUGCUCUUGACAUCGCGAUGCUGAGGCUUGAGAAAGAGCUCCGUGAUGUCCUGCAUCAGCACAAACAGCAUGUACAGCCUGAAUACUUGGCUGUUAGUUCCCGUAGAAAGGAUAUUGUGUACGACGAGUCCUUUGUCUCCCUAGAUGAUGAAGUUGUUGUUGAAGCUUCUUCACACGAAGAUGAUCAACAGAUAUCAGAUUUCUAUAAUUCUGAUUUAGUUGAUCCCAGCGUCAUUCCUCACAUCAAAGCUAUUGCAAACGUCAUGUUUGCUUGCGAGUAUGAUCAAGCAUUCUGUGAAGCUUUCAUCAGCGUUCAAAGAGAAGCUCUGGAUGAGUAUAUGGUCACUCUUGAAAUGGAAAGAUUCAGCUUCGUCGAUGUUCUUAAAAUGGAAUGGGAGGAUUUGAAUGGUGCAAUGAGAAAAUGGACAAGGGUGAUUAAGAUCAUUACUCAGGUCUAUCUCGCCAGUGAAAAACAGCUCUGCGGACAGAUCUUGGGAGACUUUGAGUCAAUUUCUACGGCUUGCUUAAUUGAAAUCUCUAAAGAUACAGUUCUAUCCCUCCUCAACUUCGGAGAAGCUGUGGUGCUAAGAUCUCGCAAGCCAGAAAUGCUUGAGCGCUUCCUUAGUAUGUAUGAGGUUUCAGCAGAGAUUCUUGUGGAUGUCGAUAACCUUUUCCCGGAUGAAACAGGCUCGUUUUUAAGAAUUGCAUUCCACGACCUGUCAAAAAAACUAGCUGAUCAUUCAACCGCAACCUUCUUAAAGUUCAAAGACGCAAUAGCCUCAGAUGAAUCCGCACGCCCUUUUCACGGAGGCGGAAUUCAUCAUUUGACCAGGUAUGUAAUGAACUACUUGAAGCUUCUCCCGGAGUAUACCGACACCCUAAACUCACUUCUUCAGAACAUACACGUUGACGACUCAAUACCCGAGAAAACAGGAGAAGAUGUCCUCCCUUCGACAUUCUCUCCAAUGGCUAGACACCUCAGGUCAAUCGUCACAACUCUGGAAUCCAGCCUUGAGCGAAAAGCUCAGCUUUACGCAGACGAAGCACUGAAAUCCAUUUUCCUGAUGAACAACUUCCGUUACAUGGUCCAGAAGGUAAAGGGAUCAGAGCUGAGACACUUGUUUGGAGACGAAUGGAUCAGGAAGCACAUUGCAAGCUACCAACGCAAUGUCACAAACUACGAGAGAUCCUCAUGGAGCUCUAUACUCGCUUUGCUUACAGAAAAAAACGACUCUGUAAGAACCCUGAGAGAAAGAUGCAAACAUUUCAGCCUUGCAUUUGAUGAUGUUUACAAGAACCAAACCCAUUGGUCAGUUCCUGAUCCAGAGCUCCGCGAUGAUCUUCACAUCUCAACCUCUGUCAAGGUUGUUCAGUCUUACAGGGGAUUUCUUGGAAGAAAUGCGGUUCGUAUAGGCGAAAAACAUAUCCGAUACACUUGUGAAGACAUUGAGAAUAUGCUCCUUGAUCUCUUUGAAUGUUCGCCAUCUCCGAGAUCAUUGCUCAGUUCUCGUAGGAGAUGAUGAUGAUGACUCGAGCCUAAUGGACUCUAUCUUUGUUCUUUUGUUAUUUACUUACUUAUGCAAUGAUUUGUGAUUGCUUACAUGUAAAUAAGGUUGUAGAAUUUUU